ACCCCCACACACCCAUUCUGCCAGAGCCUAAUUCGUAGCCUCCGCUUCUCGGCUCCCAUUUGAUUCCCAACAAACAGACUAACCCCCCUCUCCCCAAAAGCUCUCUCUCCCUCCCCGCUCUGAGUUUCAACCUUCAGUCCCUCUCCCCCAACACCAUGGGCACCUCCAUCCUCGACGCUCUGAAUGUCCGCGUCGAAGGCUCUGGCGACAAAGUCCUCGUCCUCGCCCAUGGCUUCGGCACCGACCAGUCCGCCUGGCAGCGAAUCCUCCCUUACUUCACUCGCCGCUUCACCGUCAUUCUCUACGACCUCGUCUGCGCCGGCAGUGUUAAUCCUGACCACUUCGAUUUCCGCCGCUACACCACUCUGGACGCCUACGUCGACGACCUCCUUGACAUUCUUGACGCUCUUCGCGUCACUCACUGCGCUUACGUCGGUCACUCCAUCUCCGCCAUGAUCGGAAUGCUCGCAUCCAUUCGCCGACCCGACCUCUUCACCAAACUCAUCCUCAUCGGUGCUUCUCCCAGAUUCCUAAACGACAGCGAUUACCACGGAGGAUUCGAGGAAGCAGAAAUCCAACAAGUGUUCUCUGCAAUGAGGGAUAACUACGAAGCGUGGGCGAGCGGCUUCGCGCCUCUGGCAGUCGGAGCGGACGUGCCGGCGGCGGUCCGAGAAUUCACGAGGACCUUGUUCAACAUGAGGCCCGACAUAUCGCUAUUUGUGUCUCAGACGGUCUUUAACAGCGAUCUGAGAGGGAUUUUAGGUUUAGUGAAGGUGCCGUGCUGUAUUAUGCAGACGGCAAGGGAUGUCUCAGUGCCGGCAUCGGUGGCGACGUACAUGAAGGAACACUUGGGCGGUCGGACCACGGUGCAGUGGUUAGACACGGAGGGUCACCUUCCUCAUUUGAGUGCUCCUGCCUACUUGGCUCGCCAGCUCGAAAUAGCCCUCUCACAGUAGCGCGUGCCCCCCGCAGGCGCGUGUCUUUAUUAAACAGAGGUUUGACUUCAACUUCACUCGAAGCAGAAGGGUCUUGUGGAGAAUUGUAGUUUGUAUUGAAUUCACCGGGGCUGGACACGUGGCGAAUGAGCUGUGGACUACGUUGGGCUGGGGUGGUUGCUUAGGACGUGUGAAGGGAUAAGAGCCGGCACGUGUUCAUCGCCUGAUGCGUGUGGCGCCAUUUGUUUUUAUAGUAAGUAAUUCGUAAUUAAUAUUUCAAUAUAUGCUUUCCUUUUUAUUUUU